UUCAGCUUAGACGAUGAGCGCUUUAUGGUUUAUUUUUCUGUUCUGUGGCUUGAGUCUGUCACAGAGUGAUAGUGAAAAUGCUACUGGAACACAGCUGUGCCAUCCUGACAUUUAUAAUUUCCUGAAAGAAUUUGGAGUCAUGACAGAAAAAGUUAGAUCUAUGGAAGCCAGACUUAAGGACAGUGAGACCAGGCUUAAGGAAACUACAACCAGGCUGGAGUACAGUGAAACUAGGCUGAAGGAGAGUGAGACCAGGCUGAACGACACUGUAACCAGGCUGAAAGACAGCGAAAAACAGAUUUUGAUGCUGCAAUACAAAGAAAGAACAAAGGUAAUAUUCAGUGCAGCAGGAGGAAGAGGAGAUAUAUCAAUUGGACCCUUCAACACAGAAACUACAUUAGCCUUCAAAAGAGUGAUUGCAAACAUUGGAGAUGCGUAUAAUAAAUACACAGGAGUCUUUAUAGCACCUGUCACAGGAAUUUACUACUUUUCAAUUUUUUAUCAUUCUGGAAGAAACGGAGCACUGAAACUGUACAUGAACAAUCAUUUGAUUGCCAUGACCCAUCAUGACCAGCCAGAACAACAUGGAUCUAAAAAUGGAGGAAAUGCAGUAUUCCUGCAGAUGCAGACAGGAGAUCAAGUGUAUGUGUGCUUGGGUCCAAACUCACAAGUUUGGGGAUCAAACUAUCAUACGACUUUCAGUGGGUAUUUAAUUACUCCAAUAUGA